AUGGCGCAAGCUGGAGAAUGCACUGCUUCUAUUUCUCGUGUUGCUCGCAACUUAGUGCGUGUCCCUCCGUCCUCCAAGGAUCAUGUCAAAAAGGACACAGCCGAGGAAGUGGAAAUAAUAUCAUGUUGGCGUCGAUUGUAUGGCACUGUGCCGUGUCGUGCCGUGCUCUAUCCGCGCAUGCCGUUUCCUGCCCACGUUUGUUUGUGUUGCAGUGAAGGACUGCUGUCGUGGCUAUUCCAUGAGGGGAAGAGAACAUCAAAGUUGACUACAGGUUGGAGGUGUUUGGUGUCGACAGAGUUCCCCAAUCGAUUCGCUUGCCAAGCCAGAAGUGCUUCGGCUAGGCAUCGAUCCGCCGUCCUUGACGACGACUAUCCUGGUCUGUUUGUGUUACACGUUGGCCAGAUGCUGGCCAUGUCUCCUAAAAUUGCGUCCCUAGAAGCGAGCCUCUUUUGGUCAAUGGACAGGUUGGUGCUUCAUGCUGUAAUUGAUAACGAAGCAUCUGCGGCAACUACCAACGGUCAGGUAGCCCGGCUCUUAUACAAGCUAAACCUGUCAUGGUCUCGCAUGCUUAGUUUAGUGUUGGUCAUAAUCUGGCCUAGUCCGCUGCGAAAAGUUUCCUUCACAACACCUCAUUUUGAGUAUUUGCCGUAUGACGAGAAACAAAAGCCGCAAGAACUAUCCCAAGACGGUUUCGCAACUGUUAGCUUCUUCAGGGCGGCCGACACACUCGUUGGUGGUGGUUGUCAAAGCAUCCAACCGAUAAUGCUAUGUACGGAUAUUGAAUGA